UACCGUCCCGCACUGUGUUUGAACAGGAAGGCGGACAUGUUUGUGGAGGGUUUGUGAACCAGGAGGAGCCUCAGCCGCACCACCACCAUCAUCGUUGUCUGUGAACAGGCUGAGUGAGGGCGGCCGUGUGUCCUGUGUGCCCCCCGGGAGGAGGACGGACAGCGCUGUGUGUGAAGGAGCCUAGAGACAUGACGGUGUGGCCCGGCAGUCAGCACUGAGGCGGGACCUGUCAUCCGGGCUGCGAUCAGCUACCCCGGGGGCUGGGAGUGGAGGGGGGGGCCUGUGUGUGUGUCUAUGUGUCCGGGGGCCCAUGGGGAGGAUGCCGUGGCCCAGUGCGUUGCACAGGCGGUGAGGGGAGCCGGAUCUCCACCGCACACCUGAAUCCCAGCUGUACGUCCGCUCUCCGCCAGGUAGCCGCUUCUUCGUAUCCGGUGUCACCGCCAGCCUCAUCAUGUCUACCGGGGAGAGCUUCGAGUCCCGCUACACCAAGAUCGAUGUCAUGUUACGGGACCCCAAGUCAGAGGUGAACACGGACUGCUUGCUGGAUGGACUGGAUGCUAUGGUCUAUGAUUUAGACUUCCCAGCUAUGCGGAAAAACAAGAACAUUGACAACUUCCUAAAUAGAUAUAAAGAUACGAUAAGUAAAAUCCGUGACUUGCGUAUGAAAGCAGAAGACUAUGAAGUAGUAAAGGUCAUUGGCAGAGGAGCUUUUGGGGAAGUUCAGUUGGUAAGGCAUAAAUCUUCAAGAAAGGUGUAUGCAAUGAAGCUCCUAAGCAAGUUGGAAAUGAUAAAGCGAUCAGACUCGGCGUUCUUCUGGGAAGAGCGAGACAUUAUGGCGUUUGCCAAUAGCCCUUGGGUGGUGCAGCUGUUCUAUGCCUUUCAAGACGAUCGUUAUCUGUAUAUGGUAAUGGAGUACAUGCCUGGGGGAGACCUUGUAAAUUUAAUGAGCAACUACGAUGUUCCAGAGAAAUGGGCACGGUUCUACACGGCUCAAGUGGUUUUAUCAUUAGAUGCCAUUCACUCAAUGGGUUUCAUUCACAGGGAUGUGAAGCCUGACAACAUGCUACUGGACAAGUCGGGUCAUUUAAAACUUGCAGAUUUUGGUACAUGUAUGAAGAUGAAUAAGGAAGGAAUGGUACGAUGUGACACGGCUGUAGGAACUCCUGAUUACAUUUCCCCAGAAGUGUUAAAAUCACAAGGAGGUGAUGGUUAUUAUGGACGAGAAUGUGACUGGUGGUCUGUAGGAGUCUUCUUGUAUGAAAUGCUUGUAGGUGAUACUCCCUUUUAUGCAGAUUCUUUGGUUGGAACUUACAGUAAGAUUAUGAACCAUAAGAACUCUCUUACAUUCCCUGAGGACAGUGAAAUCUCAAAAGAUGCAAAGAACCUGAUAUGUGCAUUCCUCACUGACAGGGAAACCCGGUUGGGGCGGAAUGGUGUGGAGGAAAUUAAAAGGCACCUUUUCUUCAAGAAUGAUCAGUGGGCAUGGGAGACACUUCGAGAUACUGUGGCUCCAGUUGUCCCAGAUUUAACGAGUGAUGUGGAUUCCAGUAAUUUUGAUGAUUUAGAGGAAGACAAAGGAGAAGAAGAAACAUUCCCAAUACCCAAAGCAUUUGUGGGCAAUCAGCUUCCUUUUGUAGGUUUUACAUACUACAGCAACAGACAGUAUUUAGCUAAUCCCGCGGAAAGUCCUGAUGACAAUAGAUCAAGCUCCAAAGUAGAUAAAAACUUGAUUGAGAACUUGCAAAAGAACAUUUAUCAACUGGAAGAACAGCUGCAUAAUGAGAUGCAGCUAAAAGAUGAAAUGGAGCAGAAGUGCAGAAUGUCGAAUAUUAAACUUGAUAAGAUAAUGAAGGAACUGGAUGAGGAGGGCAAUCAAAGAAAAAACUUGGAAUCGGUCGUGUCUCAGAUUGAGAAGGAAAAAAUGAUGCUUCAACACCGAUUGAAUGAACACCAAAGAAAGGCAGAACAAGAGAGUGAGAAGAGGAAGAAUGUGGAAAAUGAAGUGUCUACUUUAAAAGACCAGCUUGAGGAUCUCAAGAAAGUUAACCAGACUUCUCACAUCACAAAUGAAAAAAUAACACAACUACAAAAGCAGUUGGAUGAAGCCAAUGACUUCCUAAGAGCGGAGUCGGACACAGCUGCAAGGCUGAGAAAGAGUCAAAAUGAGAUGACCAAGACUAUUGCACAACUAGAAGCACUAAACCGGGAACUGCAGGAUAGAUGUCGACUGUUGGAAAGUGCCAAGUUACAGGUGGAAAAGGAUUUCUUCCAGUUACAGGCGGCCUUAGACUCUGAGAGAAGGGACAGAAAUCAGGGGUCCGAAUUGAUUGGGGACCUGCAAGUUCGAAUGACAUCGCUACAAGAAGAGCUGAAACAUCUCAAACACAACCUUGAAAGGGCAGAGUUGAACAGGAAAGAGGCAUUGGAUCUCUUAAACCAUUCUGAAAAAGAAAAAAAUAAUUUAGAAAUUGAGCUGAACUACCAACUGAAAACUUUGCAGCAACAGUUGGACCAAGAAAGUAAUGAACAUAAGGUGACAAAAGCACGACUGAGUGACAAGCACCAGUCAUUUGAAGAGGAAAAGUCAGUAGCUAUGUGUGAGAUGGAAAUGAAAGUGAAAGCAGAAAGGGCAGCGAAGGAAAAAGCGGAGAACCGAAGAGUGGAAAUAGAGAAACAGUGUUCAAUGCUGGAUUUUGAUCUCAAACAAGCACAUCAAAAAAUAGAGCACCUUGUUCAGCAAAAAGAGAGGCUGGAGGAUGAGGUGAAGCAGCUGACACUGCAACUCGAACAAGAGACUAAGAGGAGGACAAUGACACAGAAUGAACUGAAGGUGCAUGCGUUUGAAGCUGAUAAUUUGAAGGGAUCAGAGAAACAGUUGAAGCAGGAAAUAAAUACGUUGUUGGAAGCAAAGAGGUUGAUGGAAUUUGAGCUUGUUCAGUUAACCAAGCAAUAUAGAGGGAAUGAAGGUCAAAUGAGGGAGCUGCAGGAUCAGUUGGAAGCUGAGCAAUAUUUUUCAACGCUGUACAAAACUCAGGUCAAAGAACUGAAAGAGGAGGUUGAAGAAAAGACAAAGCUAAGUCAGGAUUUAGAGAAGAAAGUUUUUGAAUUUCAGAAUGAGAAAGAAACUCUUGCUACGCAGUUGGAUCUGGCGGUAACAAAAGCAGAAUCAGAACAGCUUGCUCGAGGGCUUCUAGAAGAACAAUGCUUUGAGCUAUCUCAAGAGAAUAAGAAGUUCUCUUCAAGGGUGAGGCAAGAUGUCAUAGAGAAGGACCAUACCAUCCACAAGCUGGAAGAAACAAACAACACAUUAACCAAAGAUGUCCAGACAAUAUCAAAAGAAAAUGCUGAUCUGAUUGACAGGCUUAAAGCAAUGGAAGAAGAGUUUAAGCUGAGACAAGAGGAAAUUAGCAGCAUGAAGAUUAUGUAUGAGAAGAAUAUUAACACUGAAAGAACACUUAAGACCCAGGCUGUAAACAAACUGGCUGAAAUUAUGAACAGGAAAGACUUUAAACUGGACAGAAAGAAAGCAAACACCCAAGACUUGAGAAAGAAGGAGAAAGAGAACCGGAAGCUGCAGUUAGAUCUUAACCAAGAGAAAGAGAAAUUCAAUCAAAUGUCUAUGAAGUUCCAGAAAGAGUUAGAUGAUAUGUUAAUGCAAGUUACUGAGGAAAGCAUCUACAAGAAUGAGCUUCAGAUGCAGCUAGACAGUAAGGAAAGUGAUAUUGAACAGCUGCGUUCUAGACUGGCAGAGUUACAGCUCCGGAUGGACUCUACAAGUGUCGCCAGUUUGCAGCCAGAUGAUACAGAUGGCAUGAUAGGGGAAUCCGAAUCAAGAAUUGAAGGCUGGCUCUCUAUACCCAACAGAGGGAACAUUAAAAGGCAUGGAUGGAAGAAACAGUAUGUCGUUGUUAGCAGUAAAAAGAUUCUGUUUUACGAAGAUGAGCAGAAUAAAGAACAGUCCAACCCAUCGAUGGUACUAGACAUAGAUAAACUUUUUCAUGUCCGCCCUGUUACACAAGGAGAUGUUUACAGAGCAAAUACUGAUGAGAUCCCGAAGAUAUUUCAGAUACUCUAUGCCAAUGAAGGGGAAUGCAGGAAAGACCAGGAAUUGGAACCAGUGCAGCCAGCUGAGAAGACCAAUUUCCUUAACCACAAAGGACACGAGUUCAUCCCUACACUCUACCACUUCUACGCAAAUUGUGAGGCUUGUUCUAAGCCUCUGUGGCAUGUUUUCAAGCCGCCCCCGGCACUGGAAUGCAGGAGGUGCCAUGUCAAGUGCCAUAAAGACCACUUGGAUAAAAAGGAGGAAGUCAUAGCCCCUUGUAAAGUGAGUUAUGAUGUGACAUCUGCAAGGGAUAUGCUUUUGCUGGCCUGCUCUCAGGAUGAGCAGAAAAAAUGGGUGACGCAUUUGGUAAAAAAGAUACCUAAAACCCCCCCUUCAAACUUUGUCCGCGUUUCCCCAAGAACAAUGUCUACCAGGUCAACAAACCAGUCCUUCAGAAAGGCUGCUAAGUCUGGGUCAGGAAAAGCCAGCUAAUCACUGUGAGCCACUGUGUGAGUUCAUGAAGUUGGCCUUCCCUAUAAUAGACUGGUGCAGAGAGCUGCUGUUUCCAUCAAUACCAGUGUCACAGGCUUCAGGGUUCUUGUGUGCUUCUGUUUUCCCCCCUGCUUAGGCAGAGAGCAUGCUGUGAGGGUCUUCUAUUGCGGGUUUGCUGAAAGAUUAGACAAAUUAUUACUAUGUAAUGCAAGUAAAACAAAGCUUAGCAUUGUUUAUUUUCAUAUAUAUUUAUAUUUAUAUUCAAAAUCAAUAUAAAGAUAUUCUUUGGAUAUCUGUGAAAGCCUGUUGGUAUGACGGAAUGCAGCUUAUGCACAUAUGAGGAUUGGAGCAACUACACCUUGUAUGGACAAGCAGAGGGAUAUGUCUCAAAAUGAGAACAGAUGUCCGUAGAUAGUAUCUCCAUCUUCCUGAAGACUGCAGUUCCAGCUUGUGAGAAGCUAAGUGACCGUUGGACUCUAGUGCCUUCACUUUAGAGCUUGUCGCAGCCUUACAGCAGAUGCGGGCAAAGAGAAUCCUGUUCAAUGCUUUGCAAAAUAUUUUAGUUAUUCAUCAAGGUGAAAGGUCAAGAUAUUUGUUUUAACUAUGCAUUUUAUUUUUUAUUUCUUUUUGUUUUGCCAAGCCAUAUUGAAUUGUGUUAGUACAUAGAGGCAUUAGGAACUAACAGUACAAAACCAAGUUUUACAUGUGUGUUUAUUUUGUAUUGUAUUGCCUUACAGUUUUUAAAGAGCGUUAAGUUAACGGACAUAUAAAAUAUGUAUGCACUGUGUGAACUUGUAAAUUAUUGUUAGAACACUUUUUUUUAUUGGAUAUGGCUUUGUUCUUUUUAGUGCCUUAUUUCAGUCAUUUUACUGCCAUGUUUUAAGGGUCUGGGCACAAAAUGUAGCUUCCCGAAAGUGAAACCAUUUCUCAUGUGCCGGUUUUAGGUGCCUCCAAGUAACAUUUCCACAAGUAGCGGGAGAUUGAGAUACCAAUUUUAAAGAGAAACCAGGAAAAGGGAA